AAAAAGAAACACUUUUCCUAGUUCUCCUUGAACAGUUUUGCUUUUUCCUUGACAGCAAGUUGGGUUUCUGUCCUCUUGGUUCUGGGCGGGAAACCGUCAAGUGCCAAUGAUGGUUAGUUCCACUUAAGAAAACGGGAAAACAGAAAAAAGCUUUCUUGCAGAAGACUCGUGUGGUCAGCACAAUGGGAAAUUUAAGAGCUAAAAUUCCAUGGGGUUCAAUUAGGAUGUUUUCCAAGAGAUUUUACUCUGGCCUCAGUGAACGAAUUGUUGAUGUUCCAGUAGAUGCCCGUAUAGUUAAAACUGGUUUUGACCCAGAAAUAUCUCGCUUUAACUUCCAACUGAAGGAUUUAGUAAGAGCAAAUCAAAUAGCAAAGGCACGUCAGCUGUUUGAUGAAAUGCCUUGCAAAAACACUUGCUCUGUGAACAUGAUGGUUUCGGGUUAUGUGAAGUCCCGGAAUCUUUCUCAUGCUAGGGAGUUAUUUGAUAGCAUGAUCUCUCGUAAUGAAGUUUCAUGGACUACAAUGAUUGGUGGUUACUCUCAGAACAAUCAGCCCGAAGAAGCUUUUAAUCUUUACACUGAGAUGUGUAGGUCGGGGGUUAAGCCGGAUCAUAUCACCUUUGCAACUCUCUUAUCAGGUUUUCAUGAUACAACUACUUUAAAAGAAGUACUUCAGAUUCAUUCCCAUAUCAUUAGAUUUGGAUUUAGUGCAAGUCUUAUUGUUUUCAACAGUCUGGUAGAUUCGUAUUGCAAAACUUGCUGCCUCGAUAUAGCGUCUCAACUUUUCAGUGAAAUGUCAACUAAAGAUUCGGUAAGCUUCAAUGUUAUGAUAACAGGGUACACAAAAUACGGUUUCCGUGAAGAAGCGUUGAAACUUUUUAUGCAAAUGCGGAAUAUGGAUUUUCAGCCUUCAGAUUUUACUUUUGCAGCAAUGCUAGGUUUGAGUGUUGGAUCAGACCAUGUUAUUUUUGGCCAACAAAUUCAUGGACUUGCCAUCAAGACAAGCUAUGUCUGGGACAUAUUUGUUGCAAAUGCAUUACUUGAUUUCUACUCUAAGCAUGACUAUAUAGAUUUUGCAAAGAAUCUCUUUGAUGAGAUGCCCGAGUUAGAUGGUGUUUCGUAUAACAUAAUUAUCACAGGUUAUGCAUGGAAUGGGCUGUAUGAGAUAUCAUUUGAUCUCUUCAAAAGGCUACAGGGCACAUCAUUUGACAGAAAGAAUUUUCCUUUUGCCACAAUGUUGAGUGCUGCUGCGACAGAACUAAAUUUAGCAAUGGGAAGACAAAUCCAUGCACAGGCAGUGGUGACAACAGCUGAUUCAGAAGUUCGAGUAGGAAAUGCCCUUGUUGACAUGUAUGCAAAGUGUGAAAAAUUUGAGGAUGCCAAUAGAAUAUUUGCAAAUCUAGCCUACAGAAGCUCUGUUCCAUGGACAACCAUCAUCUCAAUAUAUGUUCAAAAGGGUUUUCAUGAGGAGGCACUCAAAAUGUUCAAGGAGAUGAAUAGAGAAAAUGUUCACGGUGACCAGGCAACUUUUGCUAGCACUUUAAAAGCUUCAGCUAAUUUGGCUUCAGUUUCUCUUGGGAAGCAAUUACACUCAUCUGUGAUCAGACUGGGAUUGUUGUCUAGUGUUUUUUCUGGCAGCGUUCUUGUGGACAUGUAUGCAAAAUGUGGGUCCAUGAAAGAUGCAAUUGAAGUUUUCAAAGAGAUGCCUGAUAGGAAUAUAGUAUGUUGGAAUGCACUGAUUUCGGCAUAUGCUCAGAAUGGUGAUGCUGAGGCCACAUUUAGCUCCUUCACUGAUAUGAUUGAAUCAGGUCUCUAUCCUGAUUCUGUUAGUUUCCUCAGUGUCCUAACUGUCUGCAGCCACCGUGGGCUUGUUGAAAAGGCAUUAUGGUAUUUUAAUUCCAUGACUCAAGUAUAUAAUCUUGAUCCAAGGAGAGAACAUUAUGCAACAAUGAUUGAUGUGCUAUGUAGAAGUGGACGAUUCAAUGAAGCAGAGAAGCUGAUUUCUGAAAUGCCAUUUGAACCGGAUGAGAUCAUGUGGUCCUCAGUUUUAAACUCAUGCAGAAUUCACAAGAAUCAAGACCUUGCCAAAAAGGCUGCUGACCAACUUUUCAAGAUGGAUGCUCUUAGAGAUGCCGCAGCUUAUGUCAACAUGUCUAACAUCUAUGCAGAAGCACGCAAGUGGGAAAAUGCGGCAAAAGUCAAGAAGGCUAUGAGGGAACGGGGAGUUAAAAAGGUAACUGCCUAUAGCUGGGUUGAGAUUGACCACAGAGUUCAUGUAUUCACAGCAAAUGAUAGAACCCAUCCACAAACUGAGCAGAUUAGAGGAAAAAUUGACUCAUUGGUUGAGCUAAUGGACAAGGAAGGAUACACGCCUGAUACAAGUUGUACCCUUCAAAAUGUGGAUGAAGAAAUGAAAAUAGAAUCACUAAAAUAUCAUAGUGAGAGGUUGGCCAUUGCGUUUGCAUUGAUUAAUACUCCAGAAGGAUCACCCAUUAUUGUUAUGAAAAAUUUGCGAGCUUGUGUUGAUUGUCAUGCUGCAAUUAAAGUUAUCUCAAAAAUUGUUGGAAGGGAGAUUACCGUACGAGAUUCAAGUAGGUUCCAUCACUUUAGAGGUGGAUCAUGUUCAUGUGAGGAUUACUGGUGAGAUAUGGAUAGAUGAUU